AACUCGUCCACGUUGGCACUAACACAAAGCCAUCUGGAAUUAGACAUUGCGCUUUUUCUCUUAUCUUUUGCUUUUGUUUUUCUUUUCUUCUCUCUUUUGAAAAUUGCUCAUCUUCACAGACCAAACUUCUCCACGAAUCUUUUUCUCCGAUCUCGGAUUCGAAAUCUGAAUGGGAGAGGAAGUGAGGAUGAGCGAUUACGAUGUUUCCGGCGACGGAGAUAGGGUUCUUGAAUGGGAGAUGGGGCUACCUAGCGACGACGAUUUGACAUCUCUUUCUUACUCUCUGAUACCUCCGAAUCUCGCCAUGGCUUUCAGCAUAACUCCAGAGAAAAGCCGUACGAUCGAAGAUGUGAAUCGCGCAUCGGAGACGACGUUCUCGUCCCUGCGCAGCGGAUCUUCAGGUCUCAACACCUCGUCCUCUAACAAUAACAGCGUCGCGGCGGAGGAGGAAGAUCGAGUCGGAUCGAGCAGUCCCGGAUCGGAUUCGAAGAAACAAAAGACAUCCGGCGAUGGUGUGGAUCUCUCAACGGCAACGGCGGCGGAGGAAGGAGAUUCGGGAACUGAAGAUCCUACUGGGAAGACACUGAAACGACCGCGUUUAGUGUGGACGCCGCAGCUACACAAGAGAUUCGUGGACGUUGUGGCUCACUUAGGGAUUAAGAACGCAGUGCCGAAGACGAUUAUGCAGCUGAUGAACGUCGAAGGAUUGACUCGAGAGAACGUCGCGUCUCAUCUCCAGAAGUACAGGCUGUACCUCAAACGGAUGCAGGGGUUGACGACGGAAGGUCCGUCUUCUUCCGACAAGCUCUUCUCCUCGACGCCUGUGCCUCCACAGAGCUUCCAAGAAAUCGGAGGCGGUAACGGUAGCGGCAACGGCCAAGGGAACGUAUCCGCGGGUGUGCCGAUUCCGGUGCCCUACGGAGGGCAGCCGAUGAUGCAGAUGCCUGUCUAUGCCCAUCAUAUGGGUAUGCAAGGGUAUCAUCACCAGAGUCACGGUCAUGAUCCUUAUCAUCAGAACCGUCAGCAUCAUCAUGGAGCUGGAGGGUUCGAAGCUAAUCCAUAUAUGAUGCAGCAGAACAAGUUCGGAUCCAUGGCGUCUUACCCUCCUGUUGGGGGUAGAAGUGCGCAUGAGAAUUAAAAUGAAUCGAUUUGGUUCUUGACUUGUGUCCGCAUCAAUAUGUCUUUUAUCUUUAGCCGAGUUUUUUUAACCAAGUCCGCAUUGCAUCUACAUAGGAGAGAUCAUACAACAUAUCAUUUCGAAGCUAGACCAAUGAGCAUUCUUGGAACACAAUGCAUACUUGGGGACUUCUGUCAGGUUUCGUGUACUCAUUUUCUAGAUUGUGAGGUAAGUCUCUCAUGUCUCGUUUCUUUGCUUUGUUAAGGGUUUAUUUCUUUAAGAUGGCGUCAAACACAAUCUUCAUGUUUCUUUACUUUUCAAUAUACGAAUCCGUUUAAUCUUUUAAAAGGAGAGCUCAUUUUUGUCCAA